AUGAGUAAGCUGGUCGUUAGUAUUAACUUGUUUCAGAUAUGUAUUCGACAAACGAAUUAUCGUAAAUUAUGUGUGCUUUCAUUCUUAUCCUGGCAUGUAUGUACAAAUAUCAAUAUUGAACAGAAAAAUAAAUCCAGUCGGAAAUCACUUGCGACAGAACCCGCCUCCUCAUCUAUUUUGGGGGCUUCUGAACCCGGAUCAUCAGAUGAAUUGCACAAACCUGCAAGUCCAGACAAGGUAGUAUCUGCAGAGACCUUGCGAUCAGAAGCUUUAGAACAACUCUAUCGGCAACUCUUUCUUCCACGCCCUGGACAGAUUUUUGGCUCGCCUGGUUCACUAAGUCGGUUAGGCUCCAUAUCAUGUGAAGAUGCCGGUCAAGCUAAUUUAGAUUCAGCAUCAGCAUCUACGAUGAGAGUGGAGGAGUCCGAAAUCAGUGGGGGAAAAGUGUCCUCCAAAAGCAAAGAGGAGAAGAGCAGCCAGCUAUCAAGAGACGACAAUCUUGACUACAUCCUCACAAUUGUGUAUAGAAUCGCCUGCUUUGUGGCUGAAGGAUCUGGGCCAAGAUUUCCUUCUGAGAAAAUACCCGAAUAUAAGUGCGCUUUCUUAGAUUUUGCUGGCAUGAUGGAUCGAUUGUAG